UCCAUCUUUUAAUUUUUUUCUCUAAAAUUAAACCAUGUCUCUUCUUUAUUUCUUCCUAAUUUUACAUUUUUUAACGCAAUCCUUCGCUUGGGCUAACCAAACCCAAACAAUUCUCAUCGAACUGCCCGACAAAUUAGCCCUCAACGACUUGAACUUUUUCCAAAUUUACGAACUGGAGAACUUAACUUCACACAAAAUCAUCAUCCGCAACUUGCCGCAACGCGUUUUCGGCCUUUUAGAAGUUCAUUCUCAUCUAUACUCUGUCGGUUUGGAAAAUCCGGGACAACAAAAAAUCCUGAAUGGAACAAAUAUCGGUUUCAUUGUCAACGGAGAUGGCGAAUUUGUGCUCUCGAAUCCAAACAAUUUCGUCAAAGUCGAGGCGGCAAUUGCUCUCGUGACGAUGAACGGAACAACAGCUCCCUUACCUGGCGGAAGUUCAACCCAUGGACCAGCUUUACAAAUCUCUGGCUUGCGAGAAAAUUCAGAUAUUGUGAAAAUUUCAACGCCCGCUGCCCAAUCAGCCACGGAAAAUGAUCAAAUUUCAUACGAAACGCGUUUUCGGUAUUUGAGAGUUGGUGACUUAAGCUCCCAUACGUACUUUGAGGGGAUCAAGGACAUGCUAACAGCUGAUGGAGCACGAAAAAAUGGCAGAAAAAACGAUUUGGCAUUUCAAGAAGGUAAUGAAACGGUUAGUUUGUUCGCAAAGAUCAAAGGAACAGCGAUUGUCGUGCAAACAAUAGCCUUGGAUUACGGAGGACGCUCCGUGUACAUUCCUGCCGUCACGUAUUCGUGCAACGUUCAUAUCUGGAAAGGCGAUUGCUUGAACGAAGAUCCCUUGAAUUUGGGUUUUUACGUUGUUUUAGUCGGAAUUUCGAUUUUUUUGAUGACACGCAUCAUGUUGCCGGAUAUCGUGAAUGAUCUUUGCGUCGGAAUGGGAACUGGCUUGGCGCUCGGAGUGUUUUUGACACUUUUUAUCAACAUGGAGAUGAAUUGGAAGGCGUUCAUCGUGAUUUUUAGCUCGCUUGUCCUCACCGGAAGCAAUUAUUUGAUAAAUCUUCACUUUCCGAAGGUUUCGCAUUACCUGACUUCCUUUUGGUUAUGCUACAUUUCGUCACUGACACUCUUUUUUGUUGCCAAUUUCUCCUUUAAUCUCGUCGAAUAUCAAUAUAUCUUCCUCGUGCUCUUCACGUUGCUUGCGGCGAUCAUCCUUGCGGCGCGUCAUCAAACCGAAACUCAAGUCAGCAUCAUUCUCGGCGGAUUUCUCUUCAUGUUUUCCGUCGCUUUCUUCACGAACGGGCAUUUGAACAACAUCAUCGAGCAACCAUAUUACUUGGCAAAGGACUUUGAGUACAUCCAAGCUGUUAAACGACUUCUUAUCGCGCCACAAGAUGCGAUCGCCUUUUGUCUCGCGAUAAUUUUAGUCACGUGUUUACUUUAUGCCUUCAACCGUUACGGCAACAUUUGGGACAAAAUGCUUGAAAAAGAAAAACUUUUGCGGGAGCAAAGAGUCGCUCUUGGUGUCGCAACGUUGCACGAACGCCUUCAAGUUGCCUCGGAACACACGCCGCUCAUUUCGCGAUACACCGAAACCGAAGAAGAUGAAGUUUUUGAGACGCCAAACACGAAUCGAGAGCUGUAUAGUCGUCUUAAAUCGCGAAAAAAGUAAUUUUUUAAAUAUUUUUAGUGACAAAUGGGUUCUUGAAACUCAAAAAAAAAUAUUAAUUGAAUUAAAUUUCUGUGGUUUGGCUUUUUUUAAGGUACAUUCAAAGUUACAUUUAUUUAUUUUUUAUAAAAAAAACCUAAAAACAUCUUAAAAUGGCAUCAUGUUUGAACGAAUAAAAUUAAAUAAAAUUA